AUAUACUCAUUCGUUCAACUGGCAGAACUGAAAAUGCAUACCUCCAUUGUGCUCCUUGCUUUUGCGGCGUUCGCCUCGGCGGUGCCCGUGCCUGAAGAGCAAGCUGACUUCGAGUACCCGCGAUUCAUCCAGUUUCCCGAUGGCGACGGCAUUCCUCACACAGUGGACCUGCAGGAGGAGGUCGACCACAACCUCCUUGAAGAGGUGCAGAGGAACCCGAACAAUAAUCUAUACCUACUCUAUACCAGACGGAACCCACUUACCUCGCAAACGCUGGUCAUGAACGACAGGAACUCGGUCCUGAACUCCAACUUCAAUCCCAGCCACCCCACGGUGGUCAUCGCGCACGGAUGGCUCAGCAACCAGAACACCGACCUCAACCCCGUUAUCAGAAACGCUUACCUCAACAAAGGCGAGGCUAACGUCUUCGUUCUGGACUGGCGCCGCCUCGCCAUCGGCGGUUACGUGACAGCUGUAAGCGGUGUCCCCGCGGUCGGUCGCGGCCUCGGCCAGUUCCUGCGAUUCGUCCACGAGACCACUGGCGCCCCAUACAGCUCUAUGCAUCUCGUCGGAUUCAGCCUGGGCGCUCAUCUGGUCGGAAAUGCAGGAAGAGAGCUGGGAGGAGCUGUUGCCCGUAUAACUGGUCUAGACCCUGCCGGUCCCCUAUGGAACUUGAACAGGGACCGUCUGGGUCCCAACGACGGCGUGUACGUGGAGGCGAUUCAUACUGAUGGCGGCUAUACCAUUGGCGGUCUUGGCAUCGGGACGGUGAUUGCUAAUGCUGACUUCUUCCCCAACGGCGGUAUCUCUCAGCCUGCGUGCCUCACCAACAUCUGCAACCACAACCGCGCUUGGGAGCUGUUUGCUGCCACUGUGCCGUACAACCACCUUAUCGGACAAGAGUGCACAUCCAACUUGCAGAUCACUUUAAACACCUGCAGAGGACAGUCUCUUCAAAUGGGCAACGAUGAUUUGAGAAAGUGGGGGUCCGGCAUGUACCGGUUGGACACUGCACGAAGAUAUCCCUUCUAAAAUUGUUGUAAGGAUUUGACGAUAAACGAGAUCUGCUAUGAAAAACUUGCUGAAACCAAAAAUAUAA